GAUCUCAAAAUUGUUCAUCGUCGUCUGCGGGGAGCAGACGGCCUGUCAUCUUUCGCCAAACGACUGCCUAAUCGCAUCCCCACCCCCCGAAGGACGCCCAACAUUCCCACAUUCUGAGAGUAAGAAAUUUCCAUUGUUCCAUUUGUUUUUCUUCAUCUUUCUUCAUUCAUGGAGGUGCCGAGUUCGUGGGACGCACUUCGCAAACAGGCGAGAAAACUCGAAGCUCAGUUGGAUGAGCAAAUGAAUUCUUAUCGUAAAUUGGUUUCUGCUAAAGCUUCUUCAAAAGUUGAUAAUGCGGAGAGUGAUAUGGAGUCGUGGAUUGAGCGGCUACUAAAACAACUCCAACAAGUGAACUCACAGAUGCAAGCCUGGGUAUCAUCUGGUGGCACAGAAAUGGUUUCUCAUACCUUGACCAGGCACCAAGAAAUUCUUCAAGAUCUCACCCAGGAGUUUUAUCGUCUCCGAUCUAGCCUCAGAGCUAAGCAGGAGCACGCUUCACUCCUUGAGGAUUUUAAAGAGUUUGAUAGGACAAGAUUGGACUUGGAAGAGGGUGGAGGUUCUGCAGAGCAAGCACUACUAAAGGAGCAUGCUUCUAUCAGCAGAAGUACAGGACAGAUUGUAGGGGUUUUGAUGAGAAUUAAGAAGAAAUUUGUUUCAGUCCCAGCAUGCUCAAAAAGAAAGAAAGAAAGAUGGACAAUGUUAUUUCACAAGCACAAGCCACACUUGGUGCACUUGUCACCCAACGUUCGACUUUUGGUGGAAUCAAUUCAAAGCUCAGUAAUGUCAGCAGUCGCCUUCCAACGGUAAAUACCAUUCUGUCGGCGAUAAAGCGAAAGAAGUCAAUGGAUACGAUCAUACUUUCCCUUGUUGCAUCAGUAUGCACAUUCCUCAUUUUCAUAUACUGGUUGACCAAAUGAGAGUGUUCUGUUCUUUUGGUGGCUGCUUGUGUUGUAACUGUUGAAAAUUCAGCUGAUUGCUUGGGAUCAAUCGUUUGUAUUAUCUUUUUGGUCUUUUUUUUUUUUUUGGUUGUUAGUACUUAGUGGUGUGUUGUUCAUCAACCCUGUAGCUGAAAGUGUAAUGUUUUGUAGAGAUGGAAGGGUUACUCAUGCCAGAAGUUUCACAAAGAUAUAAAAAUUUGUUAGUAUUCUUUAAAAUA